CAAAGUGUGAUUUUAACGGUGAGAUCACGAACCUUGGCUCUUCCCCUCUCUUUUUCUUCUUUUAUAAUCAGCUAAGUAGCGAGCGAACUCGAGAAUCGUUAGCUGCGUGCGUGCUAGGGUUUAGAUAUAGAAUCAUCGUCGCUUCGAAUCCAACUUAACAUGGAGUCCGAUGGAGCUGAUUUCAAGGAGGCUUAUAGCCUGAUGGAGAGUUCUCUGUUUUCCUUUCAAUGUAUUUGGUCUACGAAGAAGAAGAGAAGUUCGAAAUCAGUUAAGUCCAAAGAGUUUAGCAGUGGUAGUAGUAGUAGUAGUAGUAGUAGGGAAGAGGGAGGCAUGAGGUCGCGUCCUGUGAUAUUCAGAGUCUACAGUAGGAAAAGGAAGCGGCUUUCACCUGCAGCAUCUCAUGAGAAACUGCAGCAACACUCUGUGGAUGAUGAUGAUGAUGGUAUUGUAUUAGGUGAUUGGAUUAGACAAAUGAGGAGGAUCAGAGUGCAAAGUGAGGAAGAUAAGCGCAAAGAAUCUGAGAUGAAGACUGUGUCUGUAAUGAAAGUGGAACCUUUAGGAGAUCGUGGUUGCACAAUGUUACCUAGUUGGGGUUCUGUUGGAUUCACUAGUAAAAGGAAGAAGAGACGCAAAGUAGAAUUUGAAGUUAAAUCUGAGAUGAAGCCAAUGUCUGUUAUGGAAGUGGAACCUUCUGAAGAUCAAGAUUGCGGGAUCUUAGCUAGUAGAAGGAAAGAGAGACGCCAAGUAGAACUUGAGGUUAAAUCUGAGGUGAAGUCAAUGUCUGUUAUGGAAGUGGAACCUUCUGAAGAUCAAGAUUGCGGAUUGUUAGCUAGUAGAAGGAAAGACAGACGGCAAGUAGAACUUGAAGAAGAUGUGGCUUGGGAAGAAGAACUUCAUAUGAUCUCUAAGAUCAAGACGACAAAUCGAAGAAGAAGAAGAGGUUCCCACAGUCCAGAACAUGUCACACGUGCUAGUGGUUCACGCUCACGUUCACCAGCUUCGGAGGUAUCGGAUUCCCUUGUGAAAAAUGGGUGUUCUGAUGACUGCGCAAGCAUCAAAAUUACUUCAAAAGAUUCUAAGGAAUGCAACGCCAUUUGCCAUCAGUGCUUGAAAGGGGAAAGGAUAACACUUGUCAUUUGCAGUGAAUGUGAAGAGACAAUGUAUUGUCUUCAGUGCAUAAGGAAAUGGUAUCCGCAUCUAUCCGAGGAUGAGGUCGUUGAUAAAUGUCCUUUCUGCCGCAAAAACUGUAAUUGCAACAGAUGCCUGCAUUUGAAUGGUUUAAUCAAGACAACGAAGAGGGAACUCGCGAAUUCUGAAAUACGCCAUCAUCUCCAAUACUUGAUUGCUUUGAUGCUUCCGUUUCUGAAUAAGUUAUCCGAGUCCCAGAAUCAAGAGAUUGAAAUUGAGGCGAAGGCUCGAGGAUUACAGCCUUUUGAAGUUGACGUAACUAGCGCUGUGAGCUACUGUGAUGAACGUGUAUACUGUGAUCACUGUGCAACUUCAAUUGUUGACUUGCACCGGAGCUGCCCAAAGUGCUCUUUCGAGCUUUGUUUGAACUGUUGUCAAGAGAUUCGCGAAGGUUCUAUUUCCCAACGCCCUGAAAUGAAGCCGCAGUAUGUUAAUAAAGGAUACAAGUACAUGCAUGGUUUAGAGAUGGAACCGAGCUCCUCUUCUGUUUAUGAGGAGGAUGAAGAAGCUAACACAUCCGCAAAGUGGAAUGCUGGUUCCGAUGGGAGCAUCACUUGUGCACCAAAAGAGCUAGGUGGUUGCGGUGAAUGUAUGUUGGAGCUUACGCGAAUCCUACCACAGAACCGGAUCUCAGACCUGGAACAAAAGGCAGAGGCUUUCUUGGCAUCAUACGAUAACAGCCCUCGAGUGUCGAAUUGUAAGUGUUCUGCCUUGGAGACAGAUAUGACAAGGAAAGCAGCUUCCAGGAGUGGAUCAAGCGACAACUACUUGUUCUGCCCACGAUCUCUUGAUAUUUUAAAGGAAGAAGAGCUUCUACAUUUUCAAGAACAUUGGACAAAAGGUGAACCGGUAAUCAUUAGGAACGCUCUUGAUAACACACAUGGUUUAAGCUGGGAACCGAUGGUUAUGUGGAGGGCGUUAUGCGAAAACUUGGACUCAACAGCAAGUUCUAAGAUGUCUGAAGUGAAAGCUAUUGAUUGUUUAGCUAACUGUGAGGUGGAGAUCAAUACUCGUCACUUCUUUGAAGGUUAUAGCAAAGGAAGAACAUAUGAAAACUUCUGGCCUGAGAUGUUAAAGCUAAAGGACUGGCCUCCUUCUGAUAAGUUUGAAGAUCUUUUACCUCGUCACUGUGACGAGUUCAUAUCCGCAUUACCUUUCCAAGAAUAUAGCGAUCCAAGAACCGGUAUCCUCAACAUUGCAGCAAAGCUUCCUGAAGGACUUAUCAAACCAGAUUUGGGUCCAAAAACGUACAUUGCCUACGGGAUUCCAGAUGAGCUUGGUAGAGGCGACUCCGUGACUAAGCUUCACUGCGAUAUGUCAGACGCGGUGAAUAUUCUGACGCAUACAACUGAAGUGACAUUAAGUCAAGAACAGAUAUCUGCAGUCAAAGACCUGAAGCAGAAGCACAAAGAACAGAACAAGCUAGAGGAACAGGGCAGUGGAGACAAUGGCAUUGCCUGCGGCCAUGAGGAAGAAAGAUUGAACAUGCCAGAGAUUCUGAGCUAUGAAAAAGAGCAGAAUCAUGGCCAAACAGGAAGUGCUCUUUGGGACAUUUUUAGGAGAGAAGAUGUUCCGAAGUUAGAAGAGUAUCUAAGAAAGCAUUGCAAAGAAUUUAGACACACUUUUUGUUGUCCGGUUACAAAGGUUUAUCACCCUAUACAUGACCAGUCAUGCUUUUUAACAGUCGAGCAUAAAAGAAAACUCAAGGCGGAGUUCGGGAUCGAACCAUGGACAUUUUUGCAAAAGCUAGGAGAAGCUGUGUUUAUUCCCGCGGGUUGCCCUCAUCAAGUCCGGAAUCUAAAGUCGUGCACCAAAGUUGCUGUUGACUUUGUGUCACCGGAGAACAUCCACGAGUGUCUACGUCUUACCGAAGAGUUUCGUCAACUUCCCAAGAACCACAAGGCCAGAGAGGACAAACUUGAGUUUUUUUGUCCAAAAAGGGGGGGAAGCAGUGAGGCCUUGCCCGAAAAUAUAGCUGUUAAUUGGGUUGUCCGUGUCCAUUUGUCUAUGUCGAUAUGUCGAGAUGGACAUUUCUUGUUUGUGGACAAAUAAGGAUCAUGCCUCAGGACAAAGGAUUAACUUUGAGAAAUCAGCAAUCACUUUCGGAAAAAAGGUGCCUCCUGAAAAUAUGGAAAAUUUAAAGAAUAUUCUAAGUAUCACCAAUGAAGACGGCAAUGGAAAAUACUUAGGUAUCCCAGAGCACUUUCACGGUUCCAAGAUCCAGGCCUUCGCCUAUGUACAAGACAAUGUACAUAAAAAGGUUAACGGAUGGACAGCAAAAUAUCUGUCCAGAGCCGGCAAAGAAGUUAUGAUAAAAUCUGUGUCAUCAGCAAUUCCGACAUAUCCAAUGUCGUGUUAUCUCCUACCUAAAGGAUUAUGUAAGAAGAUAUCUAGUGCAAACUCUAAUUUUUGGUGGGGUUCUGGUCCAAACUCAAAAGGUAUGCACUGGAUAGCAUGGGACAAAAUCUGUCUUCCUAAAAAGGAAGGCGGGAUUGGGUUUCGGUCACCCGAGGAAUUUAAUAUAGCUUUACUAGCUAAACAACUUUGGCGACUUGAACAAAACCCAAACUCCCUACUUACACGUGUCCUUAAAGGAAGAUAUUUUCAAAAUUCGCAUCCGUUCAAAGCACCAAAAGAGGACACUACGAGUGGAGUAGGAUGGAUCCUACAACUACAAGAUGGAUCAAUAGACCUACUUGGGCUCCAAGGCUGUCACAAGUAACUCUCGCCUUUACAUACCGAACUUAAAAGUUUGAUAUGGGCCUUGAAAUGUUUGUCUCGCCAUCAUCGGUACUGCAACUAUUUUGUUACCGACUCUCAGGAGUUGGUCAAAAUGAUCGACACACCUGAAGAUUGGCCAGCCUUCGCAGCUGAACUCAACGAGUUUAAAACUCUAUAGACGUCCUACCAAGACGGGCAACUAGUCUACAAAGAAAAAUUCAGUAACAUCCAAGCCGACUUCCUGGCAAGACAAGCUCGAACAAGGAAGCGUGUUUUCUCUUAUGUUAACACAGGGGUGCCACAUUGGAUUGAUAUUCGCAACUCGGCUUUCGCUGAUUCGUACUAGGAUUUAUCUUAGUAUCUUAUCGUGUAAAGAAAAAAAAAGGAUCAUGUCCAUUAGAGACUAAAUAUAUUAAGGAAUCAUACCCAUUUACGACCAUGUUUAUGUGGGGUUUUCCACGGGGGUCCAUUAAAGACCAUAUAAGAAAAGACUAGAAUUAUUAAGAAAUUUGUGGGAAAUUUGUCUUGGCUGGGAAAGUCGUUUUAGUGAAAAAAACAAGAUCCAAUGCUUUGGUUAGAAAACUCUGUCUUAUGGUUUUGUUUUGCGAGAAAAUUUGUUUAUACAUGGUUUUGGCCAAAAAAUUAUUGCAGAAAACAAUUUUAUAAUUUUGGUAAGAAAACUUAAUUUGCGGUUUUGAUGGAAAAACUUAAUUGAGUGAGAAUACUUUAUUUGUCGAAAAACUCAUUUUUGAUUUUUGUGUGGAAAAAAUCAUUUUGGUGAGAAAACUAGAUUAUGUGGUUUGUUAGAAAACUUAUUUUGUGGGUGCAAGAAAAUAAGAUUUUGAGGGAAAAUUUGUUUAUACGAUAUUGGUGGGAAAUUUGGUUGUGGCUUUUGCCAAAACUCAUUUGGUGGGAGUACUUUUUGGCGGGAUUACUUGAUUUUGCGAUUUUAUUGAGAGCACAUGAAUUAAUGUUUUUUGCAAGAUUUGUUUUACUGUUUUGGAGGAUUGCAAGUUUAACGAAAAAAAUUUGAUUUUCCGAUUUUGGUAGAACAAUUUGAUUUGUUUCCGUGGAAAAAAUUGAUUUUACGUGUUUGGAGGGUAAUUUAAUUUUUGUAGCUCUUAUUUUCUAAAUUUGAUUCAAGUCCAAACCCUAUUUGUUUUAGAUUAUUGGACGAAUCAUGUCUGCAUAGUUCAAACCCACUAACGUUCAUGAUUUCUAUGGUCUAAUUGGUCUAGUGGUUCUUGUCCAAUUAUAGCUUGUGGUCUAAAUUGGUGUGACCAGAUUAGGCCAAUUUAUAUUUGGACACAGAUGGUCGUAUUGUCAUCCCGCCCAUUUUGCAGUAUCACCCACAAUAUAGCUCCCGUGGGGUUUACUGCUUUAUGGCUUUACAAAAUCACUAGGACAUGAGUUUUGGUUGUAUCUAGACUUAGGUUCAAGACCUUUGUCAAGAAGUAUUCAAUCUGGAUAAAUUUGGCCAAUUUACCUGAGUCCAAGCAAAUUUUACUUUUUAGUAUACAAAACACCCUUAAUUUUGUCUUGACAAAAACGAGAAUGGCUCAAAUUUGGUUGCAAGUAGACUUUGUCUACCAACAAGAUAUAUGGACUCUAAUUGCAGAGAUCACUUAUCUGAUUACUUAUCUGAGUUAUCUCCCUUCCCUUGUAUCCC